AUGGAAGGGCUUGUGCAUUUGGAGACACUGGAUUUAAAUUGCAGCUCGGACUUGCAAAUCCCAUCAGAUAUACUUAACUUGCCCCGCUUAUCCCACUUGGAAAUUCCAUACGGAGGCAAAGCGCCUAAUGGGAUCAUGAAAAUGAAAUCAUUGCACACUUUAAUUGGGGUUUUCCUGGAUCCAACUUUGUCGGAGGAUAUUGAGGGACUCAGUGAGCUUACCAAUCUGAGACGCCUGGGGCUAGUGUCUUUUCUAGAGCCACAUGAGAUGGCAACAUGGGUUGCUUUGCCGCAUUCUAUUGAGAUGUUGCAUGACCUCAGAUAUCUCAGGAUCAUUGGCAAUCCCAGUUAUACGAGUGACCUGCUAGGUUCAUUAUCAGAUCCUUUUCGUCAUAUGAAGGUACUUGAGCUGGCUUUUUGGAGGAUGUCUAGAAUUCCCAAAUGGAUUUGUGGUCUCCAAUGCCUCUGCCGGCUAGAGCUGAAUGUUGACACGUGCACUGAUGAGUUUCACGCUCUUGGAGAGCUGCCCUCUCUCGUCAACCUCAGCUUACAGAUACGGAGCAUCCCUGAAGACAGCCGUGUCACUUUCUCCGCGGGAUCAUUUCCAGUUCUAGAGGACUUUGAAUGUGAAUCAGAGUAUGAUGUUACCGUAUACCUGGCCUUUGGGGCAGGGGCUAUGCCCAAACUAAGUUUGCUUGAUCUAAGGUUCGACAAGAGUAACUGGGGCGGCGCUACACCAGUUGGCUUCAGGAAGUGUACGCAGCUGCAUCCAAACCGUCCUCAGUUUACAUCUUAUAAAGAGUUCCGCUUCGGUACAACCCCCCUCACAAAACGUAUAAAGGGCAAUAGGGUCAUUUCACAAAUUAUACCCACUUUUGUAUGUAUCUGGACGUAUACGCCGUAUGUUUCUGCUGAAGAUCCGAUACUGGCCCGGCCCACCAACAGGAACUGAGCAGGCGCAACGACUAGGCCGGCCCACUAACAGGAACUGAGCUGGCGCAACUCAAAAUCAC